GGGGGAAGCCCUCCUCUGCUCUGCCCAGAGUCCCUCUUCCCUCCCUGCCAGCCCGUGCGAGGGUCGUGCGUGGCUGGAGGAGCAGUGCGGGGCGGGGCGUCUGUGCCCUUGGCAUCAAUGGGUCGCAGGUGGGCCCGUGGCCUCUUGUUUUUAGAGAUCUACAGGAAGAGGAAGGGGUGGAGGCUCGGGAUCUCCACCUCUGAGACUCACGCUCUGCCCCCAAAGGCUGCUUUUGGUCAGCCCUGGAAGCGAGGGGGCCCUAGAGCCAGAGGUGUCAGCUUCGGGAAGGAGGGUUCCAGCGGCGGCACCUCCAGGGGUACCCCAGGCCAGCCGCACCUACUCCUGCUCUUGCUCACCCCGCAGAUGUUGCCCUCCGGUCGCCUGUGUCUCCUCACCAUCCUUGGCCUGAUGGUGCCCACUACAGGACACAGAUUGGAGAAUGUCACAUCCCUUUCUGCGGUGGAUCCAACUACUGUGAACACUCACGUUUUAACACAAGUGUCAGAUGCAGCCCGCCUAGAAGUCCAGUCCACUCCUCCGACCUCCACCGAGCCUGCUGAUGCCAAGGAAACAGAGACUCAGAGAAACUUCCCUGAGACCCCACAGCAAGCUGGGCACACAGCUGAGUUGGAGACGGAGACCCAGCAACUGACAGGAACAGCCACUCACUCUGCCCAUCCCAAUGAAGCUACCACCACCCUCUACCACAGAUCGAAGCCAGACAGACACCCCCAGACGGGUGACAACCACAACCCCGAGCCACCUGGUCCAGAUGAGGACAGCCCCUUCUACUAUGAUGAGCCCACUCUCCGGAAACGGGGGCUGCUGGUGGCGGCUGUGCUGUUCAUCACAGGCAUCGUCAUUCUCACCAGUGGCAAAUGUAGGCAGUGGUCCCGAUUAUGCCGGAAGCAGGGCAGAGCCUACAGCGUGGUCAAUACCGGAAGUCAGGAGAGAGAAGGCGCAGCUGGAUGGCAGCCAUACACGGACUGACAGCCAGUCCCCACCUCCCCACCCUGCCCUCCCCUGAGGGCUGCCAGCUCCCUGGGCCUGGCUCAGAGAAGUAAAGUGCUGUGAGAUCCUUCUUCCCCUGUGGCCUCUG